AGGCAUUCAACCCGCUUUCACUGCAAAAUGGCGGGAAACCUCCCCGUUUUCCCUCUCUCCGUAUCUCUAUAGCCAUCCCCAAAGGAACUUCGCCGCCUCGAUCUAACGCAUGUGAUCUAGCUCCAGCCGCAGCGACAUUUUCCGAGAUUUGACUGCAGGCCGGAUACCAUUCGGAACCAUCUACCAGAUCUGCAUUACAAACGGAUAGCGGAAAAUCGCUCUUCCAUUGAUCAGCUCUCUUGAAUUUCUCCUUGUCCCUGAUCGUAAUCAGACCCCCCUGCAGAAUCCAUUUGCUUCUUUAGCCGACCGUUCGAAAUUUCUGUUGCCCUAGAUCAUCGCCACCUCUCUGUGAGAUCCGAACCCGGUCCUGGAACGACGGCCAUGGUUGGUGAAAGCAGGAGGCGGGAUCGUGGAGGGAGCUCGAGAAAGUUCGCGAAGCCGAAGCACAUCCGCACUGCUGAAGAAGAGCUUGAAGCCAAGCUAGGGUUCGAUCUCUUCACAGAAGGCGAGAAAAAGCUUGGAUGGCUGCUCUCCUUCACAUCUUCAUCAUGGGAAGAUCAAGACGACAACAAGAUUUAUAGUUGUGUUGACCUUUACUUUGUUUCUCAGGAUGGAUCUACUUUUAAAUCCAAAUACAAGUUCUCACCUUAUUUCUAUGCUGCUACAAAGGAAAAAAUGCAAAUGGAUGUUGAUGCAUAUCUCAGAAGACGUUAUGAGGGACAGAUUGCCGAAAUAGAAAUUGUUGAUAAAGAGGACCUAGAUCUUAAAAACCAUCUCUCUGGUUUGCACAAAGCAUAUUUAAAGAUUCGAUUUGAUACUGUCCAACAACUAAUGCGUGUGAAGAAUGAUCUACUGCAUGUUGUUGAAAGAAACAAAGCAAAGAUGGAUGCCGCAGAAGCAUAUGAAUCCAUAUUCAGUGGGAAAAGCAACCAAAGGCCACAGGAUUUUAUUGAUUGUAUAAUCGAUCUUCGUGAGUAUGAUGUUCCCUAUCAUGUUCGCUUCGCCAUUGAUAAUGAUGUAAGAUGUGGACAGUGGUAUGACGUUAGCGUAUCUAGUACUGGUGUUAUUCUCGAGAAGAGGGAUGAUCUGCUGCAACGUGCGGAAGUUCAUGUUUGUGCAUUUGAUAUUGAGACAACAAAACUUCCUCUGAAAUUUCCUGAUGCUGAAUAUGAUUUGAUAAUGAUGAUUUCGUACAUGUUGGAUGGACAAGGAUAUCUUAUAAUUAACAGAGAGUGCGUGGGAGAGGAUAUUGAAGAUGUAGAGUACACUCCAAAACCGGAAUUUGAGGGGUGUUUUAAAGUGAAAAAUGUGAAAAAUGAGGAAGAGCUUCUUAGACAUUGGUUUGCCCAUAUGCAAGAGGUGAAGCCUGGUAUUUACGUCACCUACAAUGGUGAUUUUUUUGAUUGGCCAUUCUUGGAAAGUAGAGCAGCCUAUCAUGGAAUCAAAAUGAGUGAUGAAGUAGGGUUCUCUUGUGAUAAAAUCCAAGGAGAAUGCCGAGCUAAGUUGGCAUGCCAUUUGGAUUGUUUUGCUUGGGUCAAACGUGACAGCUAUCUCCCUCAAGGAAGCCAGGGUCUAAAGGCUGUUACAAAGGCAAAGUUGGGUUAUGAUCCGAUUGAAGUAAAUCCUGAGGAUAUGGUUCGCUUUGCCAUGGAGCAGCCACAGACAAUGGCUUCUUACUCCGUGUCAGAUGCUGUUGCAACAUACUACCUAUACAUGACGUAUGUUCAUCCAUUCAUUUUCUCCCUUGCAACUAUAAUCCCUAUGCCACCUGAUGAGGUAUUGCGAAAAGGAAGUGGUACCCUUUGUGAGAUGCUUCUCAUGGUCCAGGCAUACAAGGCAAAUGUUAUCUGUCCUAACAAACACCAAGCAGAUCAGGAGAAGUUCUACAAUAACCACCUUCUGGAAAGUGAGACAUAUAUAGGUGGUCAUGUGGAAUGCCUUGAAAGCGGCGUUUUCAGAUCUGAUCUUCCCACCAAAUUUCAGCUUGAUCCAUCAGCAUAUGAGCAAUUAAUAAGGAAUCUCGAUCGAGAUCUGCAUUAUGCUUUAAGAGUAGAGGGCAAGAUGGAUGUGGAUUUGGUCUCCAAUUAUGAAGAUGUGAAGAAUGCUAUCAUGGAAAAGCUUGUGAUGUUGCGAGAUGAACCGAUGCGGGAGGAGCGUCCUCUUAUAUAUCAUCUAGAUGUGGCUGCAAUGUAUCCAAACAUAAUUUUAACAAACCGGCUCCAGCCACCGUCAAUAGUUUCAGAUGAGGUCUGCACUGCAUGUGAUUUUAAUCGUCCAGGGAAAACUUGUCUUCGAACACUCGAAUGGGUUUGGCGUGGCGAUAUCUUCAUGGCAAAGAAAAGUGACUAUUAUCAUUUGAAGAAGCAAAUCGAGUCUGAGCUAGUUGAUAAUAUUGAUGGUCAGUUGUCGAAGUCUUUCCUCGACCUCCCAAAAACAGAACAACAGUUGAAGCUGAAAGAACGUUUAAAGAAGUAUUGCCAAAAGGCAUAUAAAAGGGUUCUUGACAAGCCAGUUACUGAGCUUCGAGAAGCAGGGAUAUGCAUGCGUGAAAAUCCUUUCUAUGUGGACACCGUGCGCAGUUUUCGAGACAGAAGGUAUGAAUACAAAGGUCUUAAUAAGGCCUGGAAGGGAAAAUUAGUAGAGGCAAAGGCUAGUGGGAAUUCUAUAAGGAUUCAGGAAGCACAGGAUAUGGUUGUUCUAUAUGAUUCAUUACAGCUUGCCCAUAAAUGUAUUCUCAAUUCCUUCUAUGGAUAUGUCAUGCGCAAGGGUGCAAGAUGGUACUCAAUGGAAAUGGCUGGAGUAGUCACUUACACUGGAGCAAAAAUCAUUCAGAAUGCUCGCUUGCUUAUUGAAAAGAUAGGGAGGCCAUUGGAAUUGGAUACAGAUGGGAUCUGGUGUGCACUUCCAGGAUCUUUCCCAGAGAACUUUACCUUCAAAACCAAAGACUUGAAGAAAAAGCUGACAAUUUCAUACCCUUGCGUUAUGCUGAAUGUUGAUGUUGCAAGACAUAAUACAAAUGAUCAAUACCAGACCCUCAAAGAUCCUGUUAGCAAGACUUACGCCACACACAGUGAAUGCUCUAUUGAGUUUGAAGUGGAUGGACCCUACAAGGCGAUGAUUCUCCCAGCUUCGAAGGAAGAAGGCAUUUUAAUUAAGAAACGGUAUGCUGUUUUCAAUGACGAUGGAACCCUAGCAGAGCUGAAAGGUUUUGAGAUCAAACGGAGAGGUGAACUGAAGCUCAUCAAAGUUUUCCAGGCUGAGGUUUUUGACAAGUUCCUCCAUGGAACAACCUUAGAGGAAUGCUAUUCUGCAGUUGCAGCAGUUGCAAACUGCUGGCUUGAUCUUCUAGAUAAUCAAGGCAUUGAUAUCGCAGACAGUGAGUUGCUUGACUACAUAUCAGAAUCAAGCACAAUGAGUAAGUCCUUGGCUGACUACGGUGAGCAGAAGUCAUGUGCUGUUACCACUGCAAGGAGACUAGCUGAUUUUCUUGGUGAUACAAUGGUUAAAGACAAGGGAUUGCGUUGCCAAUAUAUAGUUGCAUGUGAGCCACGGGGAACGCCAGUGAGUGAGCGUGCUAUACCUGUUGCAAUAUUCGAGACUGAUGCUGACAUUGCGAAAUUCUAUUUGCGGAAAUGGUGCAAGAUUUCAUCUGAAGUGGCAAUUAGAUCCAUUGUCGAUUGGUCCUAUUACAGGCAACGCCUUAGUUCAGCUGUUCAGAAAAUUAUUACUAUUCCUGCAGCAAUGCAGAAGGUUGCUAAUCCUGUCCCCAGAGUAAUUCAUCCUGAUUGGCUGCAUAAAAAAGUCCGGGAAAAGGAGGACAAGUUUCGCCAACGAAAGCUGAUUGAUAUUUUCAGCUCCUUGAACAAAGACAAAAGUUUGCAAAAAGACUUUACCCAGGAUAUCUCUAAUCAUGCAUUGGACAAAAUGAAUGUCAUAGAUUUGGAAGAUAUCGCAAACAAAGAGAAUGUUUCCAUAACUGGACCUCGACCUCUAGUCCGCAGCUAUGAAGUUAACAAAGAGCAACAUUCAGCCAGGUUAUCUUGUCCAGCAGAUGACAUGCCUUCUAGUAACCAACACCAACAUCCUCUGAUGCCUUAUGGUAACCAACAACAGCAUCCUACUGAAAACGUUGACAGAAAUGUUGAUUAUCAAGGAUGGCUUGAAGUAAAGAAGAGAAAAUGGAAAUAUAGUCGAGAAGAAAGGAAGAGGCGCAGGUUAGGUGAUUUAAAGAGGUCACGUCAGUCUUGUGGGACUGAGUUUCCUGGUUCUGUGAUAAGUCGUAAACAAGAUCAGGGUAGGAAUGGGGUUAAUUCAUUCUUCAAGAGACAUGACUUAGCCCUUGUCCGCUCUUACUGGCAGAUAAUACAACUCAUCCCAAGUCCACAACCUGGGCAUUUUUUUGCUUGGGUCGUUUCUGAAGGAAUCAUGCUUAAGGUUCCUAUAAGUGUCCCUAGAGUAUUUUACCUCAACACUAAUGCACCUAUCACGGAAGAAUUUCCUGGAAGACGUGUGAACAAGACUCUUCCUCAUGGGCGGCCUACCUUCAAUCUCAUUGAGGUGAUAACUGAUGAGGAUCAAUUCAGGGCUGAAAGCAGGAAACUUGCAGCUCACCUUGCAGAUCCAGAAGUUGAGGGAAUUUACGAGACGAAGGUGCCUCUACAUUAUAAUGCUCUUCUCCAGAUUGGUUGUGUUUGCAAAGUGGAUAGAACAGCUAAAAACCGAAAUUUCCAAGAUGGAUGGAGUCUAAGUGAAUUACAUAUGAAGACCACCACAGAAUGCUCUUAUUUGGAUCAAGCCAUCUCGUUCUUUUACUUGUAUCAUAGUGGGACUGAUGGAAGAGCAGUAUAUGUUGUAUAUUUUCCUACAUCUGGUACAAUAUUCGUCGUGGUGGUCAAUCCUUUUCAGAACAAAGAAUUAUCCCCAUCUCUUCUUGAAAAACAGUUCCGUGAAGCUUGCCAAGCACUUUCUGUGGAACCUUCAGUGCAUGGAAAUGGCAUAUCUUCGAAGGUGGACUAUGUUGGAACUGUCAAAGAUGCUGAAAAGCUGUUGCAGAGAACCCUAAAUGAAUACAGGCAUGAGCAUCACGGGCCUGCUAUCGGUGUCAUUGAAUGCCCAAAUAUUCAAGCUAUGAAGUCAGGUAUACACGUUCUGGAUGAUUUCCCAUGUGUCAACAUCCCUUGCAAUGCUCGUGACAGCCAAUAUCAGGCUCUAGGAUGGCAAAUUGUGGCUGGAAAAAUUGGAAUGCAACGAUGUGCCGCAUCAUCCCAGUGGUUGAAUGAGAGAAUGGCUCUUUCGAGAUAUGCGCAUGUGCCUUUGGGGAAUUUUGAACUUGAUUGGCUUCUAUUUACUGCUGAUGUCUUCUUUUCUAGGGCAUUACGUGAUCAGCAACAGGUACUUUGGAUAUCUGAUGAUGGCAUUCCAGAUUUGGGAGGCAUUAAUGACGAAGAUGCAUGCUUUGCUGAUGAGGUCCAUCAACCUGUUCUCACUUAUCCUGGGGCAUAUAGAAAAGUGACUGUUGAGCUAAAGAUCCAUCACCUAGCUGUAAAUGCUCUUCUGAAGAGCAGCCAAGUGAAUGAAAUGGAAGGAGGGGCUUUGUUAGGAUUUGAUCAUCACGUGAAUUCUGGACCCCUAACUAAUGAACAUAAUGGCUUUGAUGAAGCCAGCUCAUGUGCACCUGCAUUUCGUGUCCUGAAGCAAUUGAUUCAGCGAUGUAUGUCAGAUGCAGUCACUUCUGGAAAUGUGUUUGCUGAUGCAAUAUUGCAACAUCUCUAUCGAUGGCUUUGCAGUCCGCAAUCAAAGCUUCACGACCCAGCUCUUCACAGGAUCCUACAUAAGGUUAUGCAAAAGGUGUUUGCAUUACUGUUGGCUGAGCUCCGUAAAUUAGGUGCCACUAUUGUAUUUGCGGACUUCUCAAAGAUAAUUUUAGACACUGGGAAGUCUGAUUUGUUAGCUGCCCAAGCUUAUUGUGACUGUUUAUUAAAAACUCUACAAACCAGAGAUCUUUUCGAAUGGAUUGAGCUUGAACCUCUGCACUUCUGGCACUCACUUCUGUUUAUGGAUCAGUACAACUUUGGUGGGAUCCAGGCGAAUGCUGGUGGUGGUGAUGCUUUUGAGCCACCUAAUGAAAAUAUACAGAAUGAACCUCAGGUAGACAUUGUAUCAAGCUGGAAUAUAGCCGAAUAUUUACCAAAGGCAACUCAGGAUCAUUUUGUUUUGAUUGUCUCUGAAUUUAUGUACAUCCCAUGGAAAUAUGCGCAAGAACAAGCUGCAAUUAGAGAUGCAUCAAGGGAGGGUAACUUCUGUACUCAAUCAAUCACUGUCACAGCUGCUGAAGCUUUUGAAUCCCGUGUUACAGAAUUUCUUAAAGAGCAGAUCAGCUCUUAUUUCACCGACAAACUUCUAAGGAUUGUCCGUGAUACCCUUCGGCAUAUCAAAGGAAAGAACAAAGCAGGCAGCGAUGAACCUACAGGUCAUGGAUUCCCACGAUUAGCGGGUUCUCAUGUACAUAUGGGAGAUCCUGCUUUGGAAUUCAUUAAGCAUGUCUGUGCUGUUCUCACUCUUGACCAGAGUGUUCAGCAUGAUAUCCUGGUGAUGAGGAAGAAUCUGUUAAAACUGAUCCGUGUGAGGGAGUUCGCUCCAGAAGCAGAGUUUAGGGAUCCUUGCCUGUCCUUCACUCUCUCGAAUGUGAUCUGCAGCUAUUGUAAUGACUGUCGGGACCUCGACCUAUGCCGUGACACAGCGUUACUGGCGCACGAAUGGCGCUGUGCUGUGCCACAGUGCGGUCAGCCAUACAACCGUGAAGAGAUGGAGAAUGCACUCCUUCAGAUCGUCCGGCAGAGAGAGAGACUCUACCAUUUACAGGACCUUGUGUGCCUCAAGUGCAAUCAGGUGAAAGCUGCCCAUCUGGCCGAGCAGUGUGGGUGCGCUGGCUCGUUCAGGUGUAAGGAAGACGUAGAUGAGUUCCUGACUAAAAUGCAGGUGUUCCUUAACAUUGCCGUCUAUCAAAAAUUUCAACUUCUCCAGGAGUGCGCUUCAUGGAUUCUGGAAGUUCAUUAAUGCCCCCACAUUACUCGACCCUCGGGAGAAUUCUGCCGUUGCAAAAUCAAAUUGGAUUUCCAAAUGAAGGUGACUACUUGUUCAAUGGGAAGCUCCUCCACCAUCCAAUUAUGGUGGGUCAGAAUUACAAUGUAUUCUGAACAGGGAUUUUCUUCCCAACCAGUCUAGAUGAAGAGAGAUUUGUGCUGGAAACUGAAGUUGGGCCCAUGAUUGAAUUCAUCAUUUCUUUGACAAAAUGGAGGGUAUCUUGAUCAGUAGAGAACAACAGAGAAAUCCUGUCACCAAAUGCUUUGAGUUCAAUUGUAUAAUAUUGGAUUGAGGGAUUGAAUC